GCAGCUCAGAGACGACCGACUAUGGACCCGAUAAUACAAGCUGUUUUUGGUCCAGCACCGGAUGGAAUCGAUCUCAGCGAAAACCGAGGGCCUGCUGAUUCGGCAGCAGUGUCUGUUUUGUUGGUGUUGGCCGUCUGCGCCGUCGUGGCACGCUUCAUCUGCCGCUUCUACGCCCGCAAUGCAUUUUUAUCCGACGACUGGGCCAUUCUGGUAGCACUGAUAUUCGUCGCGGGGACCGUUGGGCUGACUAUAGCAGGUUCCUCUAGAGGUGCAGGCAGACAUGUCUGGGCUUUGACCAUCGACCAGAUCCCAGAGAUUUACCAAGUGCUUUAUAUCUAUACCUUUGUCUACGGCGGCGCAUGCGGCGCGGUGAAGUUGAGCAUCCUCUUCUUCUACAUGCGCGUCUUUGGAACCAGAGACCUGGUCACCAGUAGAGCCUUCAAGGCCGCCAUAUACAUUGGCAUCUGUCUUUCCCUGCUCUACCCGAUCACGAUCUGGGUGACCAUGGGCAACGUCUGCAAGCCCGUGACGCACUUUUGGACGCAGUUCAUGGGCACGCCGGGGGUGUGCAUCGACAUCAACACCUUCUUCCUGGCGCUGGCCAUCAUCAACAUGCUCAUCGACUUUUACGUGCUCGCGAUCCCGAUCCCGCAGAUCCUGGCCCUGAACAUGAGCACGCGGAAGAAGGGCGCCGUGCUGGGCCUCAUGCUCAUCGGAGGCUUCGUCUGCAUCGCCUCGGUCCUCCGCUGCGUCUACCUCUCGGAGCUCUCCCGCGCCGCCGACGUCACCUCGGCCAUGGGGCCCGUCUUCAUCUGGUCCGCCAUCGAGCCCUGCUUCGCCAUCGUCGGCGCCUGCCUGCCGCACCUCGCGCCGCUGCGCAGGACCGUGCGCGAGAGGCUGGGCUACUCGGGGGACAAGUCGUCGCGCCGCGGAGACGGCGGCGGCGGCGGCGGUGCCGGGAGCAAAGGGGGCAGGAAUACGCCGCUAAAUAGGGGUUCCAAGGCUGGGCACCGCCGCCUCCACGACGACGACAUCGGCCUCACGGACAUAAGCACCCUGGCCACGGCGAUCGUGACUACACACGAGGGUGGCUCCGAGAGCGGCGACGAUGCUCAUGGUGCUGGAGACAAGGCCAGGCCCAUGCCGUCUGGGAAAAACGCCAUCAUGGUGACGAGCUCGUUUUCACAGCACAGUGACGCGUGUGAUAAAAACAGAAGGAUGUAGGAGGAUAUACAAGAGGAAGAAAACGCCUUGGUUUUGGGAAUGCUGGAGUUGUACUCGGCG